CACUACCAGCCAAGUGAUUAAGCUUGGAUUGGAUGCCGUUGUUCGGGUCAUCCAAGAUCCAGUUCUCAAAAGACCGACUUGUUUUGCUCGGACGGGCACUAAUAAAAGGAAAAGGAAAGAAAAGAUAAAAAGAAAUCGAUAAAAUAUUUUAUUCGAUUGUUUAGUCUGCUCCCUCCAGGCUCCAACCCCCUCCAUUCUACUUUUCAUCCUUUUCAUAGCAGUGCCUUACGAUGCAUAACUACCUGCCCCCACCUCCUGCGAAUCGGAAAGAGUCACUAUUUUACUGAAAUAGGUACAUAGGUACUUAAUUACCUACCUAUAUCUCUCUCACCACUCCGUAUUUAUGUAGGACAUGUGAAGGACCCAUCGCCCAUGAUCUCUGGGGCGCAUUGCCUUCUUUAUUUAUUUUCCAUUUCCGCAUUUCUUUGUUUGUGUUUGUCUAUAACUUCACAUCUUUUGCAUAUCCCGCACACAUGACGGAGCGUAGCUGUUGGAUAUACAAAAGACUCAUCUGGACAUCAACGCCUGCCGUUCCCUGAAUAGGUUGCGCAACCCCCAAGACGUCUGGUCCUUUUGUUGAUACCUUUGGUUCUUCGUCCUGCUAGGAUAGGCAUUGGAAGCAACCCCACUCGAAGCCCACCCAUUACAGGAUACCCCCGGCACACAUCAGAGCUCAUCAAAAUCGCGCCAUAUACCAGGCUUUCAGCUGCCGAAGCCCACGACGGCUGGGGCCGCAUACGGACGGACGCUUUAUAACUUUAUCAGGGCGUUGGGCGGCCUCUUUGCUUUCUCUCUGCUGUUCUGUGGUUACUGUUCGCUCUCGAUACUGCCUCUCACAAGAAAAUUAAACAAGACUCGCAGAGCGCACAUAUGACACAUAUUGCGCGCGCGCACACACAGACACCCACGCACACAUAUAUAUACACACACAUCAUCUCCGAGCUCCCAAUGCCAGAGAACACCAGCAGGCACCAGGGUCCGGUGCAGACCAGCGCCGUGUACCUGGUUGGCCAGCCGGCACAGGCCAUAGAGCGACCCCCGUCCCCACCAUCACCGCCUUCUCCGGGGCCUGCGCUAUGUCGUGGUGUCACUUUGCUCAUCGAUGAGCUGCCCAGCAUGUCAUUGGAUGACCCCCGCGUAGGGCUACCUCCGAUCACUUCCCAGACUACCGCGUCCACGACACACCUGCCAUCACCAGUACCGUCACCCCCAAUCGACCUUGACAAGCUGAGGCCAGAAGGUCACACAGUCACGGCUCCACCCUCCCCUUCGUCACGGCCAGUCGAUGACGACCACGAAGGGUGGAGUUCCCCAACAGCCGACUCGACGUUUGACCUGGUGGCCUCUGACCGCCUUGCGGGUGCUGUGCACGUCUUGAAUGCUGAAGCGACCGCCUUGGCAUCCCUUGCAACCAUGUAUAGCACCUCAGCGUGUGCCCGGACGGCAUUCGAUAGCGCAGUGUCAGUCAUCGCCCGUAACCAGGCAAGGCCGCCCGCCGGCGACGGAGGUGGGACGUUGGUCAUGAUCGGUGUGGGCAAGUCCGGCCACAUCGCGCGCAAGUUGGCAGCCACGUUCAGCUCGCUAUCACUGCGUUCGUCAUUUAUGCACCCUACCGAGGCACUGCACGGGGAUUUAGGUCUAUUGCAUCCGGUGCGGGAUGCUGUCGUCCUGGUCAGCUUUAGCGGCAGGACGCCUGAGCUGCUUGGCCUGGUGCCGCAUCUGCACCCGGGGCUGCCGGUCGUGGUAAUUACUGCGGCCUCGGAUGCAGCUUGCGAGAUUGCGAGGUCGCUCCGGACGAUGAGAGAGAAACCAAUGAGCGAGGGGCCAUGGCGCUCAUCCCGAGAGGCCGGGCCUUCUCGCACUGGAGAGAUUGUUGUGCUGCCAGCACCUAUACCAACCUCGGAGGUUGCCACCCUCGGCAUCGCCGCCCCUACUGCAAGCACAACGGUUGCUUUAGCUCUUGGUGAUGCCCUUGCUGUGGUUGCGGCAAAGGAGAUACACGGCGGCACAGCGAAUACAGCUGCUGUGUUUUUGAGGAACCAUCCUGGCGGCGCAAUUGGCUCGUCCUUCGCCUCAGCGGUGUCCCGAUGACGGACUCGAUCGUAACUUGUUUUCGUCUUCGUAUUCGCGUAUUAUAUCAUUUCUCUUCUGUCAUGAUUUGGGUUCGGUAACCCUUCCGGAGUUGGUUGCAUUUCGGCAGCUGGGUAUGCCGUACCUGGUACAGUAUCGUCUCGAAUAGUGAGAGCGAGAAAAGUACUCCAGUCUUGAGUGUAGCAAGGCAUCUACAUAAUAAAAAAAAUUCCAAGCCGUGAAACUCAAGGCAUAUAACUGGAAAAAAAGAAAGAAAGACUGGGCGAUGGCCACCAUAUACAAUAAAUGUCACAACCAAAAGGGGAGCUACCCCUUGAGGAUACAGGCAUUUUGCAACAGAAAGCUUCACACGGCAUGAUACAAGGUAAUGCCAAAGUCGCAGGGGUCAGCAUCGCGUGAGUGAUAGAUAAGCUGCGCUGCUCUGCCAUCAGUAUGGCGAACUAAUUGUGAUAUAGACAAUUGAUGGGGUCGCAUGGCAACGAGGUCAAAUGGAAAGGGUUUGAUGUCUGAUGUUGCUCUGCUAUCGAUAUGCUACAGCUCCUCGCCGUCCGACGAGCUAUCCGAAUCUGAAUCGCUACUGCUUGAAGACUCGGAUGAAGUAUCGAGCUCCUCGCGCUGUUGCUGUAACCUCAGUAGUGUCCCUUCGCUCUCGGAGCCGGAAUCUUCCGAACCGCUGCUGCUGGUUCCGGAGCUCGAAGUAUCGUCAUCCUCAUCCGCAUCAUCGGCAUCCUCGUCGUCACUGCUAUCACUGCUACUACUCGCGUCGUCUUCGGCAAGUGUCCUUUUGUUGCGAUUGCGUUUUCGCCUGCCAUCCUUUGCGCCUACAUCCCCCGCGACAGCUGCAUCUGAUGU